CAAAAACAGUGAACCUGGUCGGGAACAAGAAACCACCUCAGCAGAACGACAUCAGGUUGCACCAGCAGUUUGCCAACUACAAGGAGCAGGUGAGGCGAAUUGGGCCGGAGCCCCCCCAACAGAGGCAGCAGGGCCAACACAAGGAUGAUGCCCCCACCUGUGGCAUCUGCCACAAGACCAAGUUUGCUGAUGGCUGCGGAAACCUGUGCUCCUACUGCCAGACUAAGUUCUGUGCCCGGUGCGGGGGAAGGGUCUCUCUGUGUUCCAAUAACAAGAAGGAGGACAAAGUGGUAAUGUGGGUAUGUAACCAGUGCCGAAGGCAACAGGAUAUGCUCACUAAAUCAGGAGAGUGGUUUCCCAGCCAAGGGCCCAAGCCUGGAGAGCUGGGUUCAGCAGUGAGUGAACUGACCAUGUGUGGAGAUCCCAUUGGGGAGAAGAAGGUGUGCUCUAGGUCUCAGAACCCUCUCGACUCCUCAGUUUCCACUGCCCAUGACUCCCAGUCACCUGCCCCAACCGACCCCAGAAAAGGCCCCUCCACAGGGCCAGCCGACACGCCGUCAUCACGCUCAUGCAGUGAGCCUCCACAAGGAAGAAAGAAGCCACCAGCAGCCUCUGAUCAGAAUGGCAAGCUAGGGCCAAGAGGUGAGAGGCGGCGAGGCCUAUCCAAAAUCCACUCCGAAGAGCGAGAUACCGGAGAAAAUCGGAGAGAAAGUCGAAGACUGAUGAAGACUCGCUCUCAAGAGCACGACAGUCCUGAGACCAGGAGGACUGAGGGGGAGCAGAAACCACCCAGGGAACAGUGCAGGACUAACCCAAAUACUCCACAUCAUCUGGCCAAACUCCAGCCGGCAGAGCCUGAUGGACGUAUGCACCCUAAGGCGAGGGAAGCGGGGGAGAUAGUGCAGGACAACAGAUGUGCACGGAGAUGGGCAGAUGGGCGGCAGGCCUCGUUGGAGGGCCAGCAGCAGGCCUACGCCCCAGAAAGGACCGCGGGGGGUAAAGGUUUGCAGGGUGCGCCUAUUGUGCAGGGUCCUCCUCCUAAAACAAACCACACCCCACAGCCGCCCGCUCCGGGGUUCAGGGUGGGCCCUGCCAUGCCCGCAGGCCCACCUGAGCUCAGGGAGCCUCAGGAAUGGGACAGGAAGUUGCAGCCGAGCCAUUUGGACCCCAGCUCGGCUGCGCUGCUGCGCAAAUCAACACGACAAAAAGCUGAGAGCAUGCUGCGCAAUGAUUCGCUCAGCUCUGACCAAUCGGAGUCUCUACGACCACCCCCGCCCCGCCCCUACAAGAGCAAACGGGGCGGAAACAAGAGGCAGAUGUCUGUCAGCAGCUCGGAGGAAGAGGCCGGUUCGACACCAGAAUACACCAGUUGUGAAGAUGUGGAGAUUGAGAGCGUCAGCGAGAGAGGGGACUGGGAGUGCUGUCCACUGGACCCCACUGCGUGGCAUCAUCCGGUUACAUGGCAGCCCUCCAAGGAAGGUGAUCAUUUAAUUGGCCGAAUCACUUUGAGCAAGCGAACAGCCAUGCCAAAAGAGGCUGGGUCUCUGCUAGGGCUAAAGGUGGUCGGGGGGAAGAUUACAGAAACUGGGAGACUUGGGGCCUUCAUCACCAAAGUCAAGAAAGGAAGUAUAGCUGAUGUGGUGGGUCAUCUACGGGCCGGUGAUGAGGUGCUUCAGUGGAAUGGUAAAUCAUUACCAGGAUUAACCAAGAAAGAAGUUUACAAUAUCAUCUUGAAUUCCCAAACAGAACCACAAGUUGAAUUAGUAGUAUCAAGGCCAAUAGGUGAUACACCACGAAUACCAGAAACAUCACACCCUCCGUUAGAAUCUACAGGUUCAAGUUCCUUCGAAUCACAGAAGAUGGAAAGACCCUCUAUAUCUGUCUUGUCCCCUUCCAGCCCAAGUGGUCUUAGAGAUGCCCCUCAGCUACUGCCUGGACAGCUGUCGGUGAAAAUGUGGAACGAUAAGGUCGACCAUCAGCUGAUAGUGAACGUAUUGCAGGCUAUAGACCUGCCACCCAGAUCGGGUGGACGACCCAGAAACCCCUAUGUCAAAAUGUACUUCCUGCCUGAUAGAAGUGAUAAGAGCAAGAGAAGGACGAAGACAGUGAAGAAAAGUCUGGAGCCCAAGUGGAACCAGACAUUUGUGUACUCUCAUGUCCAUCGCCGGGAUUUCAGAGAACACAUGCUGGAGAUUACUGUGUGGGACCAACCCAGAAUACAAGAUGAGGAGAGUGACUUUCUGGGAGAAAUCCUAAUCGAGCUGGAGACUGCCCUGUUGGAUGAUAAGCCUCACUGGUACAAGCUGCAGACACAUGACGUCUCUUCCAUCCCACUGCCACACCCGUCGCCAUACCUGCCCCGCAGACACGGACACACUGAAACACCCACCAAAAAGCUGCAGCCUACAGAAAACCGAUCAAGAGAAAGAGAAAGAGAACGGGACCGAGACAGAGACAGAGGCCGAGACCGGGCGACAACAUUAGAGGUUCCAGAUCAGCAGAGGCCAACUCCGUAUCGCUCACGGUCCGUGUCCCCACACAGAGAUGAAGAGAGCAGGGGACGGUCCCGCCCAGCCAACGUCCCUGCACAGAGGAGUCUGGAUGAGGUCCAGCACAGCCGGCGAUCCCGUUCCCCAACACGCAACCACGACCGUGCCCGUGUGCAAGAGAGAGAAUACGUAGAUGACAGGGUGCAGCCGCACACCAGCCCUGCAUUCUCCUCAUCAACAGCCACCCCUUCUUCGACACGCAAGGUCAGACAGCUUCCCCAAGUCCCCGUCAAAAGCAGCAGUGUAGAGCAAGCUCUUGCUUCAGAGGAGCGAAAGCGGCAAAUGAAAGUACAUACCUUCCGAACACCAGCUCCAUCCAGUACCAGCCAGGAUCUGGAGAGUACGCUCAAGAAUAAACGAGAGCUUUAUAAGGAGCAGCGAAGGAGCUGUGACAAUGUGUCUCACAAGUCCUCAGACAGUGAUGUCAGUGACGUGUCAGCCAUCUCUCGCGCCAGCAGUGCCUCGCGGAUCAGUAGCACCAGCUACAUGUCCAUUCAAUCAGAACGACCCAGGGGUCACUUUAGCCGUCAUAUUCAUCCAUCCAGCCGCACCAUGCUGAAGAGUACAAGUGUUAGUGGGGAAAUCUACACUCUGGAGCGUACGGAUGGCAGUCAGUCGGACACCGCUCUGGGAACACUGGGAGCAGGAGGGAAAAAGCGCAGAUCCAGCCUUAGCGCACGUGUAGUCGCCAUCGUUGGCAUUCCCUCUCGCCGCAGCAGGAGCACCUCUCAGCUCAGUCAGACAGAAGCAGCCAACAAGAAAGCAAAGGGAUCCAGUCAGAUCCAGCGCAGUCAGGAGACGGGAAUGGCAGUGGAGUAUCCCCGCAACGUCAUGGCUCGCCAAGCCAGCCGAGAGUCCACUGAUGGCAGCAUGAACAGUUAUAGCUCUGAGGGCAAUCUGAUCUUCUCAGGGAUGAGAUUAGGGGCCGACAGCCAGUUCAGUGACUUCCUAGAUGGUCUUGGCCCUGCUCAGUUGGUGGGUAGACAAACACUUGCUACGCCUGCUAUGGGAGAUGUUCAGAUUGGACUGAUGGACAAGAAAGGGCAACUAGAGGUGGAGGUUAUCAGGGCCCGUGGUCUUACGCCUAAACCAGGUUCCAAAUCGCUGCCGGCUCCCUAUGUCAAGGUCUAUUUGCUGGAAAACGGAGCGUGCAAAGCCAAAAAGAAAACCAAGAUUGCACGAAAAACGCUCGAUCCUUUGUAUCAGCAAUCGCUGCUGUUUGAGGAAAGUCCGCAGGGUAAAGUUCUUCAGGUAAUAGUCUGGGGAGAUUACGGCCGCAUGGACCACAAAUGUUUCAUGGGAGUCGCCCAGAUUCUUUUAGAGGAGCUGGAUCUUUCUAGCACAGUGAUCGGUUGGUACAGACUGUUUCCCCCUUCAUCACUGGUCGACCCGACGUUAGCUCCUCUCACUCGUCGCGCUUCCCAGACCUCGCUGGACUCUUCAGGGCCGCCGGGAAUCAGGUCCUAGUGAACAGACGGGAGCGCGAGGCGAAACAAAACACACGACCCAGUGGACCAAGGACCGGAGGCAACAAUCAGAAUCAGAGCGGCAGAUAAAGAGACAGAUGGACAGAAUCAUGAUCAAAGCUUUGCUGAAGCCUGACAAUCACUUCUCUCUUUUACUUUUGAUCUUUGGGUUGUAGAGAUUUCCUUUGAUCCACUCUGCCCCUUUACUGCAUGUUUUGUUGCUGAGAUGACGAUUCGACCCAAAUAAAAUGAGAAGGAAGGGAGAGGCAGCCGAAACGCGAUCCUGCUUCAUCUGACAGGAAGCGGAGCCCACAGUGGCGCCGGUAGCCUAGACUGCUCUGGUCAGUCAGCGCAUUUAUUUUCUCACAUGUGUUUGAGAGUUAGCGAGAGUGAGAGGACAGCACUGCCCUUCCUCUAUAUUGCACUUACAGGAAGUCCCUCUGUUGAAAGACCAGAGGUCGAGGGUUAAAGGUCAAAAUGUAGUCUUCUCAGAGAGUUUCCUCUCUGCAUCACGGAUGCUGCAUCCAAGGCCCCGCCAUGUGCCGGUCUGGCACAAACUCAGACUCAGAUUGUGUGACUGCGGUGUGUGUGUGUGUGUGUGUGUGUGAGAGUGUGCGUUUGCGUCUAAGAAGGCAGGAACGCCUGAGAACCUUUUAAGUCUGUUUACAGCAGUCGCUACCGACUGCUUUGCUUUUUCACGUUACUGUUGAUUUGGUAAAUAGGCACACUUUGUAGAAUGUGAAAACAUGCUUCAUGUUUUCUGACAUUUGUGUCAUACGAGCUUCAUAGAAGACACAAAACCACUUGUAUUUGAUUCACUGGGACUGUAAGAAGCUGCCAUAAUCAUUUAGGUUCCCUGACAGGAAACUGCAGAAACAGUCACUAGAUGCAUUAGCUCACUAACACAUUUGAUUCCCAGAUUUCACGCGAUCACAAACCAUAUCUUACAGGCCUUUCCAAGCAUUUUUAAUUCUAUUCUGUUUGGUAAAGGACCUGUACAUUCUGAUAUUCGAAUUUCUACCCGACUAGAAUUUACAUUAUUUUAAUGCAAGCACAAAAAGAGAAAAAGUUCAAGCUUUUGGAAAUUAAAACUAAUACAAAAAAAGAGGCCAAAAUCAGAAGCUUCCUAUUUUUAGCUGUUUGUCAUCAGUUUUCAGUUUAGUUGAUUAUAAAACCAAUCUCACAGAUCCCGCCUGAGCAUUUUGAAUGUGACAGUGAGACGUUCCAACAAGGGGAACAGAUGCCACCAACAAGGGGAACAGCAUGAAUCUGGAACUGUUCCAAGUUGCAUGCACAAUUUGUAAAACAAGACAGAUGAGAAAAAAAGAGACUACAAUAAGUGUGUGUUAGUUCCACAAACUGUAGGCCAGCUUGUAUGUUGCAUGUACUUGUACAGUUUGCUUGUACUUGAUAUAAAUAGAUUAUCAAAUAAAACGAAGCCAUUCAUUCCAUGUGUGGGCAUUUGGCCGGGUUCAGCCAUACACACAGGCCUUAUUUUGGGGCCGAAUGUCUAUAAUAAUUUUUAAGUUGUUUGAUUUCCUUUUUUGUUUUGUUUUGUUUUUUUUUAAACCCUGGAUGGAAAAUGAAGUGCUGCACUGUAGUACUGAGCAAACACAAGGCCCUAUUUUUAUUAAAGACGUUGGUGUUCACUGUAGUCUGUACUACUGUGAGGCUAAAACUAAGGUAGAUAAUCUGUAUAAAAACUAGAGCUAUCUGUACAUGGAAUAUUAUUACGAAAAUCACAAUGACUUAGAGAUAUAUUGAUAUUGAAACAGAGUGUAUCAAGUAAACAUCACUUACGUACAUGCAUAUAUGUAAAUAUGAGUCUGCAAAGAAGUUUACUUAUAUUUACAAAGCAGCCCCAUUCAAGUUAAUGGAUCAGUGCUCUGUCUCUUGGUUCUGCUGAGCGGAAGAAGGGAUGCCUCUAAAGUUUUAUUUUAGUGAUGCCCAAUCUGAUGAGAGAAAUUUGGACCUCUGCCGACCUGUUGCGUUAUCAUAAAUGCUCAUGAAUCCUCGUUUCAAUGAGAAGUUUACUUUAUAUGCCUGGUUAGGGCAGAGUUAUUUACUUUGUCAGUAUUAUUCAAGGAUACUGAUUGUUUACAGUUCGUGUGUUCCACUGAAACAAAAUUGAAAGUAUUCACUGCAACAUUUCUUGUUUGUACAGCAGACGUGGCUCAAAUAAUGUGUAUGUUUUAUAUUCAAGAGUUCAUUUUUAUUAUUUACAAAUAAAAGAC